CUCUCCCUUCACAUUCACUCAUCACAGCCUUCUCAUUCCCUAUCCUAAACCCAGUGGCAAAAAACAUUACCUCUAGUGAUCAUACACACACGACGCAAAAUGUCUUUCGGGAUCCGGACACUCUCCCUCUUCACCCUACUCUUGGCCUUCGCUGCCGUGCUCAAGCAGGCGGCUACAGCGAGGGAUAUCCCGGCAGGUCUCAACAAGAAUGACAAGAAAAAGCCGGACUGCCUGCUCGACCCUGAUGGCAACCUGCUCAUCCCGGGCAUCGGCAGAGUUAUGGUUCCACCACAGUCCCGUCUCCCCCUGCCGCAUCUCGGGCAUGGUGGCCUGACAGUGCCUGUGGCAGGCCGCGGUGGGAGUGUCAGCACCCCCACCGGGGGAAGCCCUUUGUCUGGAGGAAGCCCCCCGGUUGGAGGAAGCCCCCCGGCUGGAGGAAGCUACAUUCCAGGAGGUGACGACACGUUCGUCCCUAACCCCGGAGUCGAGGUGCCGAACCCUAACCGGGGCGCGAGAACCCCUGCACCUAACCGCCCUUGAGGGAUCGAUUGAUGAUAGAUAUAUCAUCGAAUGCUAGCUACUUGUAGUCGUGCACAACAGAUUCAUCACCAGCUAGUAAUGUUCGAGUUUAUUAUUAUAGUGUAGGUCGAAAUAAGUAAUGCUACGUAUGUAUUUUCAAUCAGGGUGACGGAUGAAUGUGCUCCUCCUUCACAGAGAGGAAGUACGCUAGUCCCAAACCGUUUCUUUUCUUAUGGAGUGUGUACUAUGUGUUUCUAAAUCGUAUGGAAUAGUUUCAACGCAUAA